GCCCGCAGCCCCUCGGGGCUCCGCGGAGCGAGAGAUUAGCGGCGGAGUGAACGGCGAGGCCGCGCUGCUGACUCUCAGCUCCUGCUGAGGGAGGAAGGAAGGUGCGGACACACAAGGCAUUGUGGGAGCGGCGGGUAUGUUUCCAUCAUGGCGGCAUCGAUUUCGGGUUACACUUUUAGUUCUGUGUGUUAUCACAGCGCCAACAGCAACUCCGACCAUGAAGGAUUCCUGUUGGGAGAAGUGAGACAAGAAGAGACUUUAAGCAUAAGCGAUUCUCAGAUUAGUAGUUCAGAAUUUCUCCAUGUAGUAGAGGUUCAUAACCAUGAGCCCUGUGCUCAACUGUUCAGCUUUUAUGACUACGCAGGUAAAGUCAGUGAAGAAAAUCUCAACAGAAUCCUCAAAGACAGAAGAAAAAACGUUAUCGGCUGGUACCGGUUCCGUAGGAACACGCAACAGCAGAUGUCGUUCAGGGAGCAGGUGAUACAUAAGCAGCUGACCCACAUACUGGGCAUCCCAGAUCUCGUCUUCCUUCUCUUCAGCUUCAUCUCAACAGCCAAUAGUUCAACACACGCACUGGAGUAUGUUCUCUUCAGGCCCAACCGAAGCAGGUAUAAUCAGAGGAUAUCUUUGAGCAUCCCAAACCUGGGCAACACCAGUCAGCAGGAAUAUAAAGUCUCCUCUGUCCCCAACACCUCCAAGAACUAUGCCAAUGUUAUUAAAGAACAUGGGGCGGAGUUCUUUGACAAGGAUGGAGUGAUGAAAGAUAUUCGAGCCAUUUUCCAACUGUACAGUGCCCUUCAGGAGAAGGUGCAGGCUGUGUGUGUUGAGGUGGAUCAAAGUGAACGGGUGAAGGAGAAAAUCCAAGAGGAAGUGAAAAAGCUCAAAGAGGAGAUCGCUCUCAGGAAGCGGAGCACUGCUGCAGAGGAGCGGAGAUACCAAGAUUCAGUAAACACAGACGCUCACUUGCUCCAGGAUGACUCAGCUCUUUCAGAUUCUUCCCCCCCUUCGCUGACUCGCGUGGUUCUCCAGAGUCCCCCAUUGGAGCCUAGCCUAGACUGGCCUGCAAACUCGACUCCCCCACCCCUCUACACUGCUGCACUGCCUCCAGACCCACCGAGCGCCGUCCUGCUGCCACGGCCCCAAGCUGUGGGCUCCCCUGGCCACCCUUCCCCUAGCCUGGGCCUGGGCAACGGUGAUGGCUCUAGCUCAGAUUCCCUCAAUCGACAGGCCAUCGGGCAGGAGGACCAGGCAGAGGAGGACGACGAGGAGGAGGAUGAUGAUGAGGACAGCAGUGAAUAUGAGAACCUAGUUAGCGAGCAGUUGCAGUCGCCCUUUUUGACAGAAACUGUUUCUUUAGGACGGCCAGCCACACUCUGGCCAGACGGGGACACCCACAGCUCCAGUGGCUCAUCUUGAUCCAACAGGUGGAUCAGGCUGAGGAGAAAGACGCAAACGGACAGAGCUAGGCAUUAUUCUUUGGGAAAGGAGAGAAGAGGAAGGAGAGGACUAAGAAAGAUUUGGAUAUGUUGGGGCAAACCUUAGAAGAAUCGGAGAGGAUUUAAUUGUGAGCUGAUCAGUGUGGCCCCUCCUUGUUAACGCUGACCAAGUUGACUGAUUGACCUGGUCUCUCUACCUCUUCGUUUCUUUCCCAUCUCCUUUUCUGUCUGAGAAGAGAGGCGCCACCCUGCUUACUGAUUACUUAUUGACGUUGCUACAAACCUAGAUCAUCCAAUUAUUACACCAUUUACCUCUUGCACUAUUUCUGCCUUGUUUUGAUCUGCAUUCAAGUAGAAAAAGCAAAGGGAAUGAUGUCUUCUGCGGCCUUUAAACUCAUCUCUGUGAGCUUAUUCCAUGACUGUUUAUUUUUAUUUUUUCUUCACAAAUCUGACUGACCAAAAAAAGGAAAAUUUCUGCUCUGAUAAGUGCUUUAGCCUGCACAUCUCCAGCUCACAAAAACUGAACUUUGCUUUCUAGUAUCAUUUUUUUUUUCCUUUCCCCUUCAGUCACACCAUGAGCCUAUUUAUGGAAACCAACACAAAAAGGAUCUAUUUGAUCAUUUCUAUGUGUUACUUCUUUGAUUAGGGGUGCUUAUAUUAUUUUUACAAAUACAGAUCGUUAAUAUUGUCACUUGGCUUGAAAAACAAUAUGAGGUCUUCUCUACAGUCAUACAGUUUGAGUAAAUGGCUCUUUCAAGCCCCUGAUCUCAAAUUUGUUGUCUUAAACUGGAGAGGGCGCACACUAAGGCUUCACAAACCUUUCAAUCUCAGGAUUCUUUUACAACAGCUUGCCCGAUUCAAUCCUUGCCCUCAUAGCUUUGGUACAAAUAGACAAGAAAGCCCUAUUUGUGAAAGCAAUGCAGUGGUGGUGGAUUUAUCUGUUUUGACGUGAAGCUUUAAAAGUGGAAUUGAAAGGUCGGUUAUCUGCUUUCUGAACUUUUAAUGCCUAACUUGACCCACAUUUGCUUCCUUACUCGCAUCACUCAUAGAACACAAAUGCCACAUCAAGCUUUUUCAGUUUUCAGGUGGAAACUGGGACAGUUUUUUUUUUAAUUACUCCUUAAAGUUAUACUUGAAGCUUUUAUUUGCUUUGUCCUACUUCUGAAAAUAGAAUAUUCUGUAUCUUAAAGGGGCAUUCCACAAAAAUCCCUAAUUCAGUGUGAUUUCUUACUUUGAAGGCAGCAGCCCCUCAAAAAAGAUAUUUCCAAUUGAAAUCAUCUAAAAAAAAAUUACCUCAUAUCUAACAUUUCUCAGGUCCAUUAUAAGAUUAUUAUAAUUUUACCUGUUUUAAGUAGGGAUAUACAGUAAUCUUGGUGCUGGCACGUAUUUACUUAAAAGAAUCGCCAUUGAACAGAUUUUAAGACUUGACUGAUAUUUGAUGAUAUCUGGAAGGGAAGAAUGUGUAGGUGUUACUGGGUUACUGCAUUUUAUUAAGUUAACAUGCAUUCGUAACCCAAAAAAAAGUGUUAAAUUUCUCUGUAAUUCUGAUCAAGGUAUAGUCCAAAUUUCUACAAUAAAUGUAAGGUAUCCAUUUCCGUAUGAAAAAUAUCAGACAACAGCGCCAUAGUGCGUGCCUAGUUUUAAGUCAUUUUAUCUCGGAAAUCAUCUUAUUUUGUUGGAAGCUAAUUUCGCUGCUUUAUUUUCUUGGAACAAGCUAAAUUAUCUGUCAACAAAACCUCUAGAAAUGUUAUUCUUACAACAUUAUCUUAUUCCAACAGUCUAAUCAUGAGAAAUAUUAUUGAAAUAUAUUUGAAGUAUUGAUUAUGUUCAAGAUGUUUUCACUUGCUAAGAUGUCAUUUUUUGCAUUGUGGAAGGAAUUUUAGUCAGUAUUCCUUCGGCAUGUGUUAGAAGGGCAAACAGCUGUGCCUCAGUGCUGAGGAAUAUUAGAUAAAUUUCUCCAAGCUGUCACCAUGGUAAGGAACUGCACAAAUAAACUGGAUUUUGUGUGGACUGUGCCUUUAACGCUUCAUCUGGACACUGGGACAGUGUAGCUGGUCACCACCUGUUGUUAAUGGCCACAUGUCAAAUUCCCUUUUUUUGUUGUUUUUUUUAAACAUAGCAACACGUUUUCACAUUUUAAUGUAAGACAGAAUCAAAGAAAUGCUCACCUUUUGUCUUUAAGUAUGUUCUUCUGAUUUUAAGCAAAACAAAGCACAUGACUGGCUUGCUUCUCUGGUAUGAAUUUAUUCAGAAUAUAAGAAUAGAGGUGUUUCUUUUUGAUCUCGUGUUUUCUCUCACAUUGUGAGCUUUAAAUAUGCAGUCCUGGUUGUGAUGUGUGCUUUAGAUGAGGGUAUUAAAAAAAAAAAAAAAAAGCAAACAAAAAAAAAAACAGUAACACUUAUAGAAAGAGCCGUUAUCAUGUUGGUCAGUUCUGUUUUAAUCCAUGGCGGUGACGUUUUAUGACAUUUACAAGAAUUGCAACAUUGUAUUAUUAUUAUUAUUAUUAUUAUUAUUAUUAUUAGCAAUAUUCUUUGUGAUUGCUUGACAGAGGAAGGCCAGAAAGUGCAUUCAAGGUCUCACAAAUAGCCAGAGCUAUGACGAACUUGCCAGAAAAAUAAAAAAACUGUUAACGCAUUUGGAAACGAGCUUUAGAUAUCACCUUGUAUCUUUCAUGGAGAACACUCGGAGCAGAACUGUAGAAAACAGAAGCCUCAUAUUCUACUUUGGAAAGCUAGUACAUGUAAACUGGAAAACAGCCCAUGGAUUUAUGAUACUCUGUUCACUUCCCUCUGAUUGUGAGAGACAAGGCUAGUAGGUUUAUAGAGUUUACGUGAUGGACGGUUUACAUGACACGUGCCUUAGAGUAUUGCUACACUCUGAGUAAUGCCUAUCAACGUGCAUGAAAACAGCCAGUGUUUUGGGGUGGGUAAUUUCUAUUUAUGAAUAGAUAUUUUAUUGGAUCUCCCCGAAUUAUUUAACCAAAAAUAAAUUGCUUUCCAAUCCAG